AUGGCUCUCAAAGCCAAGAAGGUCUACCAGGAAGAGAGUGCUGUUGUCCGAAACCUGUACUUUGUGACGGACUUGGAUGAAGACAAGAAGGUAGAAGUCUUUGGUCAUGAGUGGACAAGUUGCCCAGCCUCCCUGUUUGAGCCAGAUCCAUCCCUUGACCAAGGUUAUGCCAUGCGUAAAGGGAAUAAGGCAGACUACUUGGCUGCGAUCAAGACAUCCCUUGGCAGCUCAUGGUGUGAAGUGGACAGAUUGCCCACAUUCGACAAGCCUGUUGUAAUGAUAGUUGAUGCCAUGGCAUUCAUCCAGCGUCACCAACAUCUUGGUAGCAGCACCUUCCAUGAACUGCAAGCAAAGUAUCUGAAGCAUCUCCUUAGUGGUAUCACCGACAACUGUGACUGCAUCCGCUUUGUUGGUGAUCGAUAUGAUGUCUCUCCAGCUGAAAGUCUGAAAGGAGAGGAACGAGAGAAGAGAAUGAAGACUUGCCCCAGCAAGAUGAAGGAGUACAAGCCACAUGAUACACUUGCCUUACCGGAAUGGAAAGGAUUUGUUCAAAAUCCACUGAAUAAAGCGAACCUGCUGAACUAUAUGGGAGAAACAUGGGCUGCUCAGCACAAAUUACUUCCUCCUGGAUCGAUCCGCUCGGAUGAGCUGGAAUCCCGGCAGCCGUACUGCGCUGUCCGGGAUCAGAUCACUGAGCCAGGUUUCCGUGAAGCAAAAGGCGGCAGAUCUGCUAAAAUCCCGGUUCCUUGUGAUGAGCAUAAGAAGUUCAUCUAUUUUGUUAGUAAGGGAUCGGACGUUUCCCAGGUGAAUGGAGGGGAGCGCGGUUCGGAAUCCUCUCUCUCUCAGCCGCACGAGGGCUCCGGCGCGCUUCCCCCGCUUGCGUCUCCUGUAAAGCCGCAACUCAGCAACGUUAAGGUCCAUAAAGUCACUACAGGAGAAACAUUUGGAGCAGAUGAAGAUCUACUGAGACAAACAACAGUUGGGCUACAUGUGGAGUACACAAGGCCAGAGGAGAGUGAUGUCAUCAUUGUCUUCUGUCCAAUCAGCUCUCCAGUUGGGUCAGAUGUGGAAGCAGCCAUGAGGAAGGUUCCAGUUAAGGUCCAUAAAGUCACUACAGGAGAAACAUUUGGAGCAGAUGAAGAUCUACUGAGACAAAUGAGAGAUGGGCUGCAUGUGAAGUUCACAAACCGUCAGAAGAGUGAUGUCAUCAUUGUCUUCUGUCCAAUCAGCUCUCCAGUUGGGUCAGAUGUGGAAGCAGCCAUGAGGAAGGUUCCAGAUGAUAAAAAGAUCAUUCUAGUUGUGAUGCAUCACACCCGAAAUGUCAACUACUCAACCGUUGGGAGAAGGUGGUCUGAGACCUUCAGGAAUGUUGUCCUGGAUGUUGAUGUCCUCUUCCACGAGACUGUACCAGGACUACUGAUCUGUGAUGAAAACAGGAAGACCAUCCUCCAAAUACAGGAAUCUUUAGGGAGGCACAAGAUAACGUCCAGCGGUGUGGUUAAGGUCCAUAAAGUCACUACAGGAGAAACAUUUGGAGCAGAUGAAGAUCUACUGAGACAAACAACAGUUGGGCUACAUGUGGAGUACACAAGCCCAGAGGAGAGUGAUGUCAUCAUUGUCUUCUGUCCAAUCAGCUCUCCAGUUGGGUCAGAUGUGGAAGCAGCCAUGAGGAAGGUUCCAGAUGAUAAAAAGAUCAUUCUGGUUGUGAUGCAUCACACCCGAAAGGUCAACUACUCAACCGUUGGGAGAAGGUGGUCUGAGACCUUCAGGAAUAUUGUCCUGGAUGUUGAUGUCCUCUUCCACGAGACUGUACCAGGACUACUGAUCUGUGAUGAAAACAGGAAGACCGUCCUCCAAAUACAGGAAUCUUUAGGGAGGCACAAGAUAACGUCCAGCGGUGUGGUUAAGGUCUAUAAAGUCACUACAGGAGAAACAUUUGGAGCAGAUGAAGAUCUACUGAGACAAACAACAGUUGGGCUACAUGUGGAGUACACAAGGCCAGAGGAGAGUGAUGUCAUCAUUGUGUUCUGUCCAAUCAGCUCUCGUGUUGGGUCAGAUGUGGAAGCAGCCAUGAGGAAGGUUUCAGAUGAUAAAAAGAUCAUUCUGGUUGUGAUGCAUCACACCCGAAAGGUCAACUACUCAACCGUUGGGAGAAGGUGGUCUGAGACCUUCAGGAAUGUUGUCCUGGAUGUUGAUGUCCUCUUCCACGAGACUGUACCAGGACUACUGAUCUGUGAUGAAAACAGGAAGGCCGUCCUCCAAAUACAGGAAUCUUUAGGGAGGCACAAGAUAACGUCCAGCGGUGUGGUUAAGGUCCAUAAAGUCACUACAGGAGAAACAUUUGGAGCAGAUGAAGAUCUACUGAGACAAACAACAGUUGGGCUACAUGUGGAGUACACAAGCCCAGAGGACAGUGAUGUCAUCAUUGUCUUCUGUCCAAUCAGCUCUCGUGUUGGGUCAGAUGUGGAAGCAGCCAUGAGGAAGGUUCCAGAUGAUAAAAAGAUCAUUCUGGUUGUGAUGCAUCACACCCGACAUGUCGACUACUCCACCGUUGGGAGAAGGUGGUCUGAGACCUUCAGGAAUGUUGUCCUGGAUGUGGAUGUCCUCUUCCACGAGACUGUACCAGGACUACUGAUCCGUGAUGAAAACAAGAAGACCGUCCUCCAAAUACAGGAAUCUUUAGGGAGGCACAAGAUAACGUCCAGCGGUGUGGUUAAGGUCCAUAAAGUCACUACAGGAGAAACAUUUGGAGCAGAUGAAGAUCUACUGAGACAAACAACAGUUGGGCUACGUGUGGAGUACACAAGCCCAGAGGAGAGUGAUGUCAUCAUUGUGUUCUGUCCAAUCAGCUCUCGUGUUGGGUCAGAUGUGGAAGCAGCCAUGAGGAAGGUUUCAGGUACUGUGUUCCAGCUGUUUUAUCUGUUGGUAUGCAACAGAUUACUUCAUGUUGGACUGAUGUUUCACAUGAAACCACCAUGUUAAUGUACACAUGGAUGCAUUUUAUAAAUACAUAGACACAUGUAGUAGUCUUGUAACGGACCUUUAAACAGCUACAAUAAACAUGAAUAAAUACUAUUUUAAUAAAUGAGGUUGAAGCCUCAGUUGCA